CUCUACCUGUAUAGUUUCAAUGAGAACAGCUCUCCUUGCCCCCUGGUUGAGGUCCAAAGAAGAGAUACUUCGGCGAUCCUGGACAUGAAAUGGUGCCACAUUGCGGUGGCCGGCCAUGCGCUCUUGGGAGUGGCAGAUGCUGCUGGGUCCAUAGAGCUACUCCGCUUGGUGCGAUCCGAGCAGAACUCUUACACACUACAGCCGUUCUCCUGCUUUGCCCUGGAAAAGCAGUGUCUGGCCUUGUCCUUGGACUGGUCCACUGGGAAAGCCGGAAGGGCCAGUGACCAGCCCUUGAAGAUCAUUAGCAGCGACUCCAGCGGGCAGCUCCAUCUCCUGCAGGCGUACCAGGCAGGGCCAGGAAUGCAGGCUGUGGGCACGUGGCAGGCCCAUCACUUUGAGGCCUGGGCUGCUGCUUUCGAUUACUGGCAGACGGAAGUCGUGUAUUCAGGUGGGGACGAUGGCCUUCUGAAAGGCUGGGACACCAGGACCCCUAGCACACCCGUGUUCACAAGCAGGAGACACUCCAUGGGCGUGUGCAGCAUCCAGAGUAGCCCCCAUUGCGAGAACAUCUUGGCCACGGGAAGCUACGACGAGCACGUUCUUCUCUGGGACACUCGGAGCGUGAAGCAGCCGUUGGCGGACGUGCCCAUGCAGGGCGGGGUGUGGAGGCUCAAGUGGCACCCUUUCCACCACCACCUGCUCCUGGCAGCGUGUAUGCAUGGUGGCUUUACAAUCUUCAACUGCCAAAAGGCAAUAGUUCCUCAUCAGGGAUCGAACCCAUGCCCCCUGCAGUGGAAGCGCAGAGUCCUACCCACUGGACUGCCAGGGAAGUCCCUGUACAAUAUAUCCUUGUAGUGUAUUUAUUUCAUACAUAAUAGUUUGUACCUUUUAAUCCCCUACCUCUGUCUUGCCCCUCCCCCCUCCCUCCCCUUACUGGUAACCACUAGUUUGUUCUCUACAUCUGUUUCUUUUUUGUUAUAUUCACUAGUUGUUUUAUAGUUUAGAUUCUACAUAUAAGUGAUAUCAUAUAGUAUUUGUCUUUCUUUGACUUAUUUCACUAAGCAUAAUACCCUUCAGGUCCAUCCAUGUUGCAGAUGGCAAAAUUUCAUUCUUUUCUAUGGCUGAGUAAUAUUCCACUGUAUAUAUACACCACAUCUUAUUUAUCCAUUCAUUUGUUGAUGGACUCUUAGGUUGCUUCCAUAUCUUGGCAAUUGUAAAUAAUGCUGCUAUGAACAUUGGGGUGCAUAUAUCUUUUUGAAUUUUUUCAUUUUCUUCGGAUAUGUACCCAGCAGUGGAAUUGCCAGAUCAUACAGUAGUUAGUUCUAUUUUCAGUUUUUUGAGGAACCUCCAUACUGUUUUCCACAGUGGCUGCACCAGUUUACAUUCCCACCAACAGUGUAGGAGGGUUCCCUUUUCUCCACAUCCUCACUAACAUUUGUUAUUUGUGGUCUUUUUGAUGAUGGCCAUUCUGACAGGUGUGAGGUUAUAUCUCAUUGUGGUUUUUAUUUGCGUUUCUCUGAUGGUUGACUAUGUUGAGCGUCUUUUCAUGU